CACGUAAAACUAAACAGAUGCCACUACCUCUCCUAGACUGAGGACGUCAGCGGGAGCAACUAACAUCACUCCCAGGCGGAGAGAGGACCGAAAAGAAAAGGGCACAAGCGACGAUUAAACCUAGACGGCCCUAGUUAGUCAGCUACAAGAGAAAUUCAGGUGUUUUUGUUAGCCGAAAAAACAGCGUUUCUCUGGCACAAAAAGGUCAGCUCAUCAGGUGGCAGAAAUACCGCUAUGGCCCAGGAGACCAAUCAAAGCCCAGUUCCUAUGCUCUGUGCCACUGGCUGUGGUUUUUAUGGCAACCCCAGGACUAACGGCAUGUGCUCCGUGUGCCACAAGGAGCACCUGUCACGACAGAACAAUGGAGGAGUCAGUUCUUUGAGUGGAGUGGGCAGCAGCAGUACCUCCACAGCUGAGGCUUCUGCCAUCCAGAGGUUAGAGGCCACCCUGAAUAAUGCUGCGGCUGCUGCGGUUGCUGCUGCAGAGGUGGCAGCUGAGGCCGCCGCUGCCUCUGAUGCUGCUGCCGUCGCCACAGAGGCACUCAGUGGGAUUUCACCUGCCAUUUCUGUAACACAACAGAUGACUGAGAUGAGUCUCUCCUCUGAGGAGAAAGGGGCAUCAGGCAGCAAAGUGGAGCUAACAGAGCCAGUUGUGAGUCAGCCAGCCGUCUCAGCCUUGCAUCCCUCCACUGCUGGCAGUGAAGAGUCCAAAACCCCCGAGCCCCCCAAACCCAAGAAGAACCGGUGUUUCAUGUGUCGUAAAAAGGUUGGCCUUACAGGUUUCGACUGUCGCUGUGGGAAUCUGUUCUGCGGACUUCACCGUUACUCCGAUAAGCACAACUGUCCAUACGACUAUAAAGCUGAAGCUGCCGCAAAGAUCCGCAAGGAGAACCCUGUCAUAGUUGCUGAAAAGAUCCAGAGAAUAUGAAAACUGGGAGUUUGACUUUGAAGCCUGGGAAUGAUCGGCUUUCAGACGAUGGACUCGAGCCCGACUUUUCCUCCUGAAGGACUUGUUUGUUUUUUCUCUUUGGUUACACAUUCAGGGUGUUUUGGGGCCCCCUGUGCAUGGAUGUUCACAUGUUUUCAGCUUCUUGUUUGUGUGUGAGUUAAACACUUUAACGGGGUUGUAUUGAACUAAAGAAAUGUUGGGAUUGAAGUGAGGCGGUUUUGUGUCAAUGUGAUUGCCCUUAAGAGGGAAGGGGGGGGGAGAAAAAAGCUUCCUUGCCUGUUUUUUGUGAUCCUCCUGAAAUCGCUUGAACUUCGCGUGGAAAGGGGCUCUGAUGGCCUGUUUGGACUCUGGGACUUCUCAGCUGUGCUUGCUCUCUGCUGGCUUGAGUAGCAAAAUGGAUAUCUUGCUUUUCCGUUUGCAGCCGUCGCUCUGUGAAGUCAGUGUUUAACCCUCCCGUCUUGCCAGAAUUUGGUAAGUUUUUAUCUUCUUGGACUUUGUUUCUCUCUGGCUCAUGUUCCUUCCCGGAAACCUAAGAUAGUUGGAGCGUUUUCUCUCCCGUUGAUUUUGGACAGAUGACUGCUUCAAACCGUCCACAAAUUCUUUUUUCUUUUUUCUUUUUUUGGUUUGUUUGUUUUUUGACGUCUGGUUAGUGUGUCAUAUGCUAAAACAUUUGGGAGGGUUUAGCUCCUUCAAUAAUCAUCUUACUUCACUAUUGAAUGUUUUCUUCAGGUUUUUAAUGUGAGUUGAAUUGACAGUGUUGGGAGUGUUGAAUGAGGUGGUGACUUAGUGAAGUUAUCAAUAAUUUACCAUUUCAGUUGAUUUUUGGUCCGGCUGCUUAAUCAUCUUGGUUUUGACCCCUUUUCAGUCAUGCAAGUUUGUACAAACCUCUUUAUUUAUACACUGCCGUGUGCUUAAUCUUCUAAUAAUACAGAAUAAAUUGUAUGAUUGUAAAUAAAUUAUGUUCACUAAACGGUAAA